AUGCCCUUCACCCUUCUCUCCCUCCUCGCCACCCUAGUCACCUCCCCAACAACUCGGAAAACCCUCCUAGCCCUCCUAACAAUCUACUUCCUCCGACUCCUCUCCCGCACCCUCUCCAGCCAAAUCCGGAACAGCUGGUCCCGCCAACGCCCCUGGGACAACUCCCGCGAACUCGUCCUGAUAACAGGCGGCUGCAGCGGGAUCGGGAAACAGAUCAUGCUCGAUCUAGCCGCGCGGGGCGUCACGGUUAUCAUCAUCGACGUGAAGGAACCGGACUUCGAGCUGCCACAAACCGUAACCUUCCACUCCACAGACGUCACCAGCCCCUCAUCCCUUCACUCGCUGCACACCCACAUCCUCUCAACCCACCAGCGCCCCCCAACCGUCCUAAUCAAUAACGCCGGCAUCGGCCUCCCAAACUCAAUACUCGCAACCCCCCCCUCAACCAUCCAGCAAACCUUCGCCGUAAACACCAUCUCCCACUUCUGGACCGCGCGCGAGUUCCUCCCGCCCAUGCUAAAGGCUAACCACGGCCACAUCGUCACGGUCGCCAGCAUGGCGUCGUUCAUCGGCCUGGGCGGGAUGGCGCCUUACAGCUGUUCGAAGGCUAGUGCGAUGGCGUUUCAUGAGGCGUUGGGGCAGGAGCUUAAGUUGUGGUACAGGGCGGAUAAGGACGGGGAUGGUGGGGGGGUUGACGGGGAGGGGGGGGAGAGAUGUAGGAGGGAUGCCGGUUAUGGACGUGGAGAUGGUGUCCGGGGCGGUGGUGAAGUUGGUUUUGGGGCAGAGGAGCGGACAGGUGAUUUUACCGGAAGGGUAUGGGUGGUUGGGUUUGUUGAGGGGUUUACCGGAGUGGAUGCAGGAGAGGGUGAGAGGGCGGGUGUCGAGGAUGUUGAGAGAGGUGGAGGUGAGGAAGGGGGCCUGAAAUUGAUUGAUAGAUGCAAUCGGUAG